GAUCGCGAGUGAAAACGGACCUUCAAAAUGUCUGCAAGCUGCUGCACCCUGAUAUUUUGUCUGCUGAUCUGCCUAUUGGGUUCGCAAAGAAUCCUUGUGCUCGGCCAAAUGACAGUUGCAGACUACUGUAAUACCUUUCCCAGCAUGACAAUUAAUGUGACGCAGUUCAUGGGCGAGUGGUAUGAGGUGGCCCGCCUUCCGGCCAACAAUAUGUCUUGCGUGCAGACAAACCUGAGUAUCAACGCACAGCAGGACGCUUUGAAUGUGAAUACCAGUUUCUCCUAUGAAAGUGAUGAGCCUUGGAACAAAUACGACAUGAUAGGCGCAGUAUCGUUGCCAAAUCUCACGCCCCUUAGCUUAUAUAAUUUCUCCUACACACUCGGGAACGUGUCAUUACCCUACUCGUGGUACAAGAUCGUGACAACAGACUACACAAACUUUUCAUUCAUAUGUGGAUAUUCAAAUGCAACCGGAACAAUAGAUACCUUUGCCCUUGUCCUCUCCCGGAACCAAACAUCACUGAGCCAGGAAGCAAGCGGGCUAAUCACAUCGCUUCAAAUGCCGAUGAUCAUUCAAAACUCAACCUGCUCGACCAAUCCCAACUCCAGCUCUACCCCUAGUCCCACCACCGCCAGCCCUACCAGCCCCAGUCCAACCAGCCCCGGUUCGGGCUCUACACUUUCUUUCUCUAUACUCUACCCUCUGGUAGCCUUUAUUGCUCUGCGCUUUUUGUUUGUAUAAACGCACAUUUCUUAAACUAGCUCAAUUAUAAAUAUUUGCAAACCUGCAUUUCGUUCGUUAAUAAAAAUUGUUAUUAAAGGAAAAAA